CCGCUGGCCGGCCCGUGGCGCCCCCCGCCCCGCCCGCGUCCCCGGCCGCUCGGCGCCUCCUCCAUGGACGACCAGAGCCCGGCGGAGGAAAAGGGACUGCGUUGUCAGAACCCCAACUGCAUGGACAAGGGGCGAGCAGCCAAGGUAUGCCACCACGCUGACUGCCAGCAGCUGCACCGCCGGGGGCCCCUCAACCUCUGCGAGGCCUGUGACAGCAAGUUCCACAGCGCCAUGCAUUAUGACGGGCACGUCCGCUUCGACCUGCCUCCACAAGGCUCUGUCCUGGCCAGGAACGUGUCUACCCGGUCAUGCCCCCCACGCACCAGCCCUGCACUGGACCUGGAGGAGGAAGAGGAAAGCUCUAUGGAUGGCAAAGGGGACCGGAAGAGCACAGGCCUGAAACUCUCCAAGAAGGCAAGGAGGAGACACACAGAUGACCCAAGCAAGGAGUGCUUCACCCUGAAGUUUGACCUGAAUGUGGACAUUGAGACAGAGAUCGUACCAGCCAUGAAGAAGAAGUCGCUGGGGGAGGUGCUGCUGCCGGUAUUUGAAAGGAAGGGCAUCACACUGGGCAAAGUGGAGAUCUACCUGGACCAAUCCAACACACCCCUUUCCCUCACCUUCGAGGCCUACAGGUUCGGGGGACACUACCUGCGGGUCAAAGCCAAGCCGGGGGAAGAGGGGAAGGUGGAACAGGGGGUGAAGGACCCCAAGUCCCUGAGUCUGCCAAUCCUGCGGCCAGCCAGGGCCCGGCCCCCCUCCCCGGAGCGCGUGGACCCCCAGAGUCGCCGGGAGAGCCUAGAUAUCCUGGCCCCUGGCCGCCGCCGGAAGAACAUGUCGGAGUUCCUGGGGGAGACGAGCAUCCCUGGGCAGGAGGCCCCCACGCCUUCCAGCUGCUCUCUGCCCAGUGGUGGCAGCGACAGCUGGAAAAACCGGGCAGCCAGUCGCUUCAGCGGCUUCUUCAGCUCAGGCCCCAGCACCAGCGCCUUUGGCCGGGAGGUGGACAAGAUGGAGCAGCUGGAGGGCAAACUGCACGCCUACGGCCUCUUCGGGCUGCCCCGGCUGCCCCGCAGGCUGCGCUUCGACCACGACUCGUGGGAGGGGGAGGGGGACGAGGAGGAGGAGGAGGAAGACGCCUGCCUGCGGCUGGAAGACAGCUGGCGGGAGCUCAUCGAUGGGCAUGAGAAGCUGACGCGGAGGCAGUGCCACCAGCAGGAGGCGGUGUGGGAGCUCCUGCACACAGAAGCCUCCUACAUCAAGAAACUGAGGGUGAUCACCAACCUCUUCCUCUGCUGCCUCCUGAACCUGCAAGAGUCGGGGCUGCUGUGUGAGGUGGAGGCGGAGCGCCUGUUCAGCAACAUCCCCGAGCUCGCGCGGCUGCACCGCGGGCUGUGGGGCAGCGUGAUGGUGCCGGUGCUGGAGAAGGCGCGACGCACGCGGGCGCUGAUGCAGCCCGGCGACUUCCUCAGAGGCUUCAAGAUGUUCGGCUCCCUCUUCAAGCCCUACAUCCGAUACUGCAUGGAGGAGGAGGGCUGCAUGGAGUACAUGCGCGGCCUGCUGCGCGACAACGACCUCUUCCGGGCCUACGUCACGUGGGCCGAGAAGCACCAGCAGUGCCAGCGGCUGAAGCUGAGCGACAUGCUGGCCAAGCCCCACCAGCGGCUCACCAAGUACCCGCUGCUGCUCAAGUCCGUGCUGAGGAAGACCGACGAGCCGCGCGCCAAGGAGGCCGUCGUCACCAUGAUCGACUCCGUGGAGCGCUUCAUCCACCACGUGAACGCGUGCAUGCGGCAGCGGCAAGAGCGGCAGCGGCUGGCGGCCGUGGGGAGCCGCAUCGACGCCUACGAGGUGGUGGAGGGCAGCAACGACGAGGUGGACAAGCUCCUGAAGGAAUUUCUGCAUCUGGACCUGACAGCACCCAUCCCUGGCGCCUCCCCGGAGGAGACUCGGCAGCUGCUGCUGGAGGGGAGCCUGAGGAUGAAGGAGGGGAAGGACAGCAAGAUGGACGUGUACUGCUUCCUCUUUACGGACCUGCUCUUGGUGACCAAGGCAGUGAAGAAGGCCGAGAGGACCAAGGUCAUCCGGCCACCACUGCUGGUGGACAAGAUUGUGUGCCGGGAGCUCCGAGACCCUGGCUCCUUUCUCCUCAUCCACCUGAACGAGCUGCACAGCGCCGUGGGGGCCUACACGUUCCAGGCCAGCGGCCAGGCCUUGUGCCGUGGCUGGCUGGACGCCAUUUACAACGCCCAGAACCAGCUGCAGCAGCUGCGUGCCCAGGAGCACCCAGGCAGCCAGCAGCACCCGCAGAGCCUGGAAGAGGAGGAGGAUGACGAGGACGAGGAGGAAGGCGGGGAGAGCAGCACUUCCGCCGCCAGCUCCCCCACCAUCCUGCGCAAGAGCAGCAACAGUCUCAGCUCCCAGCACUGUGCCUCAGACGGCUCCACGGAGACCCUGGCCAUGGUCGUGGUGGAGCCUGGGGAGCCGCUGUCCUCUCCCGAGUUUGAGGGUGGCCCCUUCAGCUCCCAGUCGGAUGAGACCUCUCUCAGCACCACUGCCUCGUCGGUCACACCCACCAGUGAGCUGCUGCCCCUCGGCCCCGUGGAUGGCCGCUCCUGCUCUGUGGACUCCGCCUACGGCACCCUCUCCCCCACCUCCCUGCAAGACUUUGUGGCCCCGGCCCCUGUGGCGGAGCCAGCGCCCCGGCCCCCAGAGUCACCACAAGCCCCCUCGCCCCCACCCUCGCCCCGUCUCCGCCGCCGCACCCCUGUCCAGCUAUUGCCCCGCCUGCCCCACCUGCUCAAGUCCAAAUCUGAGGCUAGUCUCCUCCAGCUGCUAUCAGGGGCCACCGCCUGCGGAGCGCCCCCGGCCCCCAGCCGCAGUCUGUCCGAACUCUGCUUGGCCGUUACGGUCUCUGGCACGAGGACUCAGGGCUCCCCUCGGGAAGCUGGGCCCAGCUGGGUUCACCGGGGGGCGCCCGGCCCCGGCAGUGGCCCCAAGCCAUCAGAGCUGGAGGGCAGAACCAGCUGCCCGGCUGGGGAGCCUGAAAGACCCCCCAGGAGGGGCAGAGAGCUGCCCUUGGGGACCUCACCCAGGAUCCAGCCCGAGCCCCACCCAGGGAUCUCUGCCCAGCACCGGAAGCUGACACUGGCCCAACUGUACCGAAUUAGGACCACCCUGCUGCUUAACUCCACGCUCACUGCCUCGGAGGUCUGAGCAGAGGGAGGCCCCCAAGGGUGCCACUGACCGAGAGACCGCAAACAGCAUGCCUUCUGGGGCAUCUGGGUCCCUGCUCCAGCUGCUGCCUGCACAGUAGCUGGAGAGCCGGGCCGGACCCCCGAUUUGCACUUUGCCAGACUGGAUGGAGGUGGAGGAGCGCUCAGCAGAGCUCCAGGCCCGGGCUGCAGGACUUCCUCAGGACCCCCAAGGCCACCUUCACUAACCUGUCCCCGCCCCCCCCCCGACCCCUGCAG